CUUUCUUCUUCUUUUCGUUUUCCUCUUCACACUGUGUGUGAUUCUUUUCUUUAAGCACAAAGAGAACAUGGCUUCAGUAGCGCCUCUGAAUCAGCCUGGAUAGAUUUUCCCGUAGAGAACGCAUACUCAGGAGUAUCGCGUCGUCUCGCAAAUUGGCCAAAGAAACUCACCAGAACCUCACUGAUUCAAGGAAUGAUUCCAACAAUUUAUGCAAAUCCUAGCCGCCUACGAGUUGGGUACAAAUCAUACUCAGGUUUUUUAUUAUUGUUCUUGACGGCUAUAGCUGAGCAAAACUUUUGUAUAGGGUUUUAUGUUCAGGGGAUAUUUCCUUUACAUUUAUGUAUAGGGGUACGACUAAUUGGUUAUAAUUAAUUGGUUUUGCUUUUGCAUACGAACAAAGUUUUGUUUGUUUCCAUUUUUUAUAUUUUUAAAUAUGAGAAGAAGCGUGUGCAGUGGCAUGAAGCGGGUGAGAAGGUUUCACCUUGUGGCAUGAAACUGGAAAGCAAAAAGCAAGCUAUGGGCGUCAGAGUCAGAGUGAGAGAGCGGUUUGUGGACGCACAAAAUUUAGCAGCGUUUGCGUGUGAGAGUGAGUGAGUGAGUUUUCAAUUUGACAUUUAUACCCUCUUUGAUCUUCAUCUUCAUCUUCUCUCCGUUUCCAUGGCGCCUGCUAUGAGGAUCCUUUUCGGACUUCUCACAUUUGUCACCAUCGGAAUGAUUAUAGGUGCUCUCUCGCAAUUGGCAUUCAUACGAAAAUUGGAAGAAUCAUAUGGCACGGAGUCUUUGCCAUUUAGAAGAUUGCGUGGACUUGAGAGUGAUGGUUACCUUAAGUUGUCCAGAGGUAUUCCUCAUUGGAAUAAUGACAAGGAAGCAGAAAUCUUACGCCUUGGAUAUGUCAAACCUGAAGUGCUUAGCUGGUCUCCACGAAUUAUUUUAUUGCAUAACUUCCUGAGCAUGGAGGAAUGUGAUUAUCUCAGGGCUAUAGCACGCCCUCGCCUGCAAGUUUCAACAGUGGUGGAUACCAAAACUGGAAAGGGAAUCAAGAAUGAUGUCAGGACAAGCUCUGGUAUGUUUUUGAGUCCCGAAGAGAGAAAAUAUCCUAUGGUACAUGCAAUUGAAAAAAGAAUUUCUGUCUAUUCUCAAAUACCAAUUGAACAUGGAGCGCUUAUGCAAGUCCUGAGGUAUGAGAAGAAUCAGUUUUACAAACCACAUCAUGACUAUUUUUCUGAUACUUUCAGCUUGAAGCAUGGUGGACAGCGAAUAGCUACAAUGCUAAUGUAUUUAAGUGACAAUGUUGAGGGAGGGGAAACAUAUUUCCCAAUGGCUGGUUCAGGUGAAUGUAGCUGUGGUGGGAAAUUUGUCAAAGGGCUAUCCGUGAAACCAAUCAAAGGAAAUGCAGUGCUUUUCUGGAGUAUGGGACUGGAUGGACAGUCAGAUCCGAAUAGUAUGCAUGGAGGAUGUGAGGUACUCUCUGGCGAGAAGUGGUCAGCUACCAAGUGGAUGAGGCAGGCAGUUCACACUUGAUUUAGCUUUAACCAUCUUGUCUCCCUGAAAAAAAAAAAAAAGUCACUAAUGGGAUUUCUCCCCUCAUAUUCGUCCUUAUAAAAAAAAUAAUUGAUUAUUUAUUGUUAAUAUAGAUAUUUGAUGGGAGAGGUUAUAUUUACUACCUCUUUUUCUUACUAUCAAAUCUUAACCGUUGAUU